AGUGUGGCCCUGAGCUAGGGGCGACUCUUGCCAAAAUUAUAAAUAAACGGUUCUGGGAACCGACGGCCCUUGACCUAAUCAAGGAAAAACAGGCAAAUUAUGCAAAACCAAAGAACUGUGAGGCUUUGACGGUCCCACAGGUCAACCCGGAGCUAAGACGCAAACUGUCCAAAGAGUUGAAAAACCAGGACAAAGGGCUCGGGUUUUGCCAAAAAGAUCUGGUGAAAGGGUCUAUUGCAGUUGCUCAAGCAACUCAAGAAAUAUCCAAGCUAAUAAGCAAGGACAAACGGGAGCCGAUCAUUAGAAAGCUCACCGACGCUCUAGCGCUAUUUGGCCAUUCUAAUUAUUCCCUUUCAAUGCGACGGAGGGAAUUGAUCAAACCGGGCCUAAAAGCCAAAUAUGCCGGUUUGACCUCCGAAACGGUCCCUCUCACGAAAAACCUGUUUGGGGACGAGAUAGAAAAGACCUUGAAAAAAGUUGGUCGUACGGAUGAUGUCGGCAGAGAUGCCGCUAUCAGUUACAGAGGAGGCCACCGUAGUUAUGGUUCAAAAAACUACGGAGGCUACAACCCCCAAUACGGCCGGGGGAAUUAUCGAAACAACCAAUACAGGGGAAGAAACUCAAGGAAGCCCUGGCCCAGACAAUCAUGGAAGAAGCAGCCCGGCAGCGGGACAGCAGACAGAAAGUAGAAACUAGGAUUGUCACUCCGCAACCCAGCUCUCCAAAAGCUGUGUAUAAUCAGCCGAGUCCUUCAAAAGAUCAUCCAGGACAAGGCCUCCGGCAUCCUAGUGGUUCCAGACUGGCCCACUCAGCCUUGGUAUGCGACAGUGAGGAAGCUGUUGAUAGACAAGCCCCACAUCAUUCAAGCGAGGAAGCAUCUCCUACGAAUACCGGGAGUAGACAAGCUCCACCCACUUUGGAAACGAAUAAAGCUAUUGGCCUGCCCCUUGUCAGGGAGUCGUUGUUAGAGGAAGACAUUUCUGCAGAGGCCGCCGAGGUUAUCUUACGGUCUUGGCGGGGCGGGACACGUGUCGGUUAUGACUCAUAUCUCAGGAAAUGGGAGUCUUUCUGUCUCAGGCACGGGUGUGAUCAAAGACAUCCAUCUGUGAGCAAAGUGCUUGAUUUUUUGCUACAACUAUAUAAGACUGGCCUGGGACAUAGUGCACUUAAUUGUGCAAGAUCAGCGCUGUCUACCAUAAUCAUCUUUCCAGGAAAUGUGCCUUGCGGACAACAUAAAAGAGUUUGUCAAUUCCUCCAGGGUGUCUUUAACGAAAGACCUUCAUUGCCACGCUAUACGGUUACAUGGGACAUCAAUCUCGUCCUUCUUUACCUUGAAAAAGUGGACACUUCUUCCAUCAAAGAGUUGUCGCAAAAGACAGUUACCCUAUUGGCCUUACUUACAGGUCAAAGGUUACACACACUACAUAAAUUAAAAAGGGAGAAUCUCAAGUUUUCAGUUGGUGUGUGCAGUUUCUAUGUGGAUUCUUUGCUAAAAACAACUAAGCCAGGCAGACAUCGGAAGGCCAUUGUCUUAAAAGAAUUUACGGAUAGGCCUGAUUUGUGCAUUGUUGACACGCUUAGACAUUAUGUCUCACGGACAGAUGAUGCCUGUACGGAUGGUGCUCUGUUUAUUAGUUAUGUGAAACCUAAUAAGGCGGUUAGCCGUGACACACUUUCCCGUUGGGUGUCGUGUUCUUUAAGAGACUCUGGUGUUGACAUUACAUCAUUUUCACCACAUUCUUGCCGUUCUGCCUCUACCUCAAAAAUGAAAGCAAUUGGUGUGCCGAUAGACGAUGUCUUGCAUUGUGGAGGAUGGGCAAAUGCAAAAACUUUUGCGAAAUUCUAUGAUAGGCCGGUUAACACAUCUGAUAAUGAUGCCAAUGCUGGACAGGCUCUAAUUAAAGCGCUACCUGCUAAAUAGUGGUUUGCUGUCGUGUUCUGGUGACU